CAGAAUAUGCUUUGCUCUUCUCUGCAAAUAUCCCUUUAUUAACUCUCUCACUCUAUCCUUUUAUUUUUUCUUUACAUCUCUCUAUCUACUUGCUCAUUUAUAAACAGCUUCAUUUUCUUUUCUUUUGUUUCUUGAUUCUUGAAACAAAGAAAAGAAAAGAAAAGGAAUGGAGUUGCUUCAGGAACUCUUCGUCACAGUUAUUGUUGCUCUUUUGUUUUCUUUUCUUAUAGCUAAACUUGUUUCUUUAGGUGGUGCUGGUGAUGCUGAUUCUAAUCAGAAUUCUCAGUUAUUAAAGAGUCAAAAUACUGAUCAGGAAAAUACAAAUGAAACUAUCAUGGAGGACUUAUCGUAUCGUGAAAGAUUGGAAGUUAAGGGGUUUGAAAGUGAAAAGAAAGUGGAAUUCGUUCAAGAUGUUUCCCGGAAGGUGGAUCAAUUAUGUGGAGAAUCAAAACCAGUUAACGUUGAUGAAGUAAUUGAGACUGAAUGCAGUGAAUUGCCUCAAGAUUCAAUCCAAGAAGGUCCAAAAGAAGAGAAUAAUUUGGCUAAAGAAAACAGCGAAAUUGAACCGAUUAGAACGGGACAAUGUUAUGCUCAAAGCCAAAAUGAUGCUGCAGGAGAAGAAUCAGAGGAUAUUAGAGUAGAUUGUAAAUCUAAUAAAGAAAAAGACGAAGAGAGAAAAGAGAAGAAAAUAGAAAUCAUUGAAAGUGAUGAUGAUGAUGAUGAUGAUUGGGAAGGAAUCGAGAGGAGUGAGUUGGAAAAGGAGUUCGCAAAAGCAGCAAAAUUUCUGGAGUCUGAUGACAAAGAAAAAGAAGAAGGUUUGCAAAUGGAACUCUAUGCUCUUCAUAAGGUAGCUACUGAAGGACCAUGCCACGAGCAGCCGCCUAUGGCUCUUAAACUCGCUGCUCGUGCUAAGUGGAAUGCUUGGCAAAGGCUGGGAAACAUGAAUCCGGAGGUGGCUAUGGAGCAGUAUAUCGCUCUUGUAUCAGAUAAAGUCCCUGGUUGGAUGGAAGACACAUCUACUGGCAAUGGAAAACCAGGAUCAGCUGAAGAAGUAAAUCCUGGUGGUCUGGCUUCAGAUUUAACCACAAAAAAUAUUGCAGAGGAAAGGAAUCCAGAAGCGACAACUGAUACUGAGAAAAAUGAUUUGACUGGAGUUUCAAACAUGGAGAGCAGGGCUAAGGAAUGAUGAGCCUUUUCCUGCUUGAUUUUCCCAACCACAGCGGUCAUUCUACAUUUGCUUGACCAUGAACAAGUGAAGACUAAUUCUUAUUGCCAAGUAUAAAACUGUUAUUCAACUAUGUAAGGUUCGUGCACUCUUCUAUAUUGAUUUGUCUAUCACUGGCUAUAUUGUCUGAAAAAAUCUGGUGUGGUAAUCAGAACAUGAUGUACAUAUAUUACCUGUAAUGUAUAUCCUACAUUUAUUUAACUGGACGGUUGGGAUGGUCACACUAUAAUGAUGUUAAUGCAACUUCGUUUUCUGUA